GAAGAACGUAAGAAGAAAACUAAGCAACUUACUAUUUGUCAAGAAGUUUCAUCUUCUAUUAAAGCAACUUAUGAGUCUGUUGUUCAAUUUCAAGAUCAAACGAAUGAAGAUAAUCAAAUUUCAAUUUAUAAAAAUAUUAAUAUAUACAAUUUGAAAAUGUCUAAAAGAAAACAUCUUCAAAGAGAAAAAGAUAGUGAAGAAGAAGUUAUUGAAGUAACUUCUAAAUUACAAAAAACAAAGGAUGUUGAAGAAACUCCUAUUGUUAAUUUAAAUGAAAUUUAUGAAUUUUACGCUAAACAAAAAAAAUGGAAACUUAUAAAGGAUGUUAAAGAAAAAUCUUUUAUUAAAGCUUUCCCUGAUAAACAACAAUAA